UUCACAGAAACCCUAGACUGGAAUUGCUUUUUUUUUCUUCUGUCUGUGACGAUGGUAUCGCUAAGCUGGAAGCACCACACGCUAAUUCAGGCUUUGAUUUCGCGAGGCCCUCUCAAGGAGAAAGAGUUUCAUUCAAUAUUCACCGGCGUCACCGGUAGAAACCCAGGAGAUGCUAAGAAGAUAUUUGACAAGUACCUUCUCGAGAUAAACAAAGAGCUCUCUUAUGUUCAUUUUGAGCUGAGGGCUUGUAGAGAUCAGUAUGAUGGCCAUGUCUGUUACGGAGUUGUUAACACCGUCUCCGAUGAUCAAUCCAAACUCGGCACUAAGUACUCUGUUCCGCAGAUUGCCUUCUUCAAAGGCAUUAUAGAAGCAAUUGCACAUGAUGAAGCUGCCCAAGGCUGCAUAUCGGGCUUUGAUGCCCUCAAUAUUCGAUUGGAGAACCAGGUACCAAGUGAAGCCAGUAGCAGUCAACAGCAAGUCCCUCCUGCAUUCAGAAACUUUUCAAUGUCCCAAAAGGACAAAACACUCGAUGAACUUGUGAAGGACAACUGGCUAUGCCGCACAAGAGACGGUAACAACAUUGGACUUGGUAUAAGAUCACUUCUUGACCUGCGCAGUUGGUUCAGGAACAAUGAUGUUCCUUCUUGCGAGGUUUGCAAUGAAGCUGGUGUAAAGGCGGAUUUGUGUCCAAAUGAAGGUUGUUCGGUCCGGAUACACAAGUACUGCCUCAAGAACUUGUUGUCUCAAAGGGAUGAUAGAGUUUGUUCUGGUUGCGGGAAGCCAUGGCCUUUGGGUAGAGUUGCAAAAGAAGAAGCUGUUGAAGCAGCAGUGAAUGAUGAUGAUGAGGAGGAAACCGAUACUCAAGCGACUUCCUUAAGAUCCAAGAAAAGAAAAAUAAGGAGGCACAGGGACUCAGCUGAAAACGUUUCUUCACAAGCUUCCUUAGCCUCGAGUAGUGGUAUCACUAGGAGAAGAGUAACUCGCAGCGCUGCACACUUGAGUUAAACGUAUUAGGUCGGAGGUUUUAGGGCUUAGAAUUAGAUGUAUAUUUUGAUGCAUGUUUCUAUGUCCAAACAUCAUUGGCAAUUUGGUCUGGUCUAAUGUUUUCUUUUAUGGAACACUAAUCCCGAGUUAAAACUCUUUGGUUUGGAGCCUACAAAA